AUGGGAGGGUAAACCUUGAUUGUACGUGGCCGGCUGGAUAGCUCUCAGCAGACGGAGGUUUCUUUUUCCUCUUGCGGGUCUGUUUCGAAGUGGGAGGCACACGCAAUGGACUCACUGUUUAGAAAGUUUCGGUCUUCACCCAGCAGCUCUACGGGAACGGGUAGUGGUGACACAAAUGGCACGUCUGUACUGCCUGGCAAUAAUAAGCCAGUCACUUUAUAUUUAAUACGGUUAUCCCCGCCCUGUAGGGCUGUCUGGCUGUAUCUUGCGCAGAACAAGAUCCCAUAUGCCCUGGUGGAUAUUGAUCCGGCUGCUCCGGUAGAUUCCAACGGGCGGAGGCCUGAACUACCAAGUAGUCUUCCACACCAGGACGUCCCAAUUUUGGUUGACGGAGAAGUAACCAUCUUCGAAGGGCCGGCUAUUAUACGUUAUCUCUCGACUCGCUACACAAACUACAAGGGCUACGGUGUGACUGUAUCAGAACGAAUGAUGGUGGAGUCUCUGAUCGCUUGGGCACAUAACGAUUUACACAGUAGGAGGGGCGUACAUCCCCCGCCCCUUGAUCUGCGCCUGACGGCUUCAGUCUUGGGUCGAAAUGACCUGUAUUUAUGUGCGAUCUUUUCGUUGGGAUAUGCCAGGAAGAGUCAGAACAAGAUCCCAUAUGCCCUGGUGGAUAUUGAUCCGGCUGCUCCGGUAGAUUCCAACGGGCGGAGGCCUGAACUACCAAGUAGUCUUCCACACCAGGACGUCCCAAUUUUGGUUGACGGAGAAGUAACCAUCUUCGAAGGGCCGGCUAUUAUACGUUACUCUCGACUCGCUACACAAACUACAAGGGCUACGGUGUGA